AUGUCUAACAACCCUAACACUAGAGAGCCCCUUUCAGAUCCUCACGCAUCUUAUUCCCCACGAUCAACGCCCUUGGGACAUGCCGAAGAUCCUCCCGACGACUACCUCCGCGAGCAGCAGCAGCCUGGCGAUGCGCAAGACGAAGAUGACGACAUACCGUAUCCUGAGCCUAACUUCGAGCAACCGCUGCUACCGCCACCAAACUUUCGACCUUUCUUUACCUUAAUCGAAGACACAACGUCGAGCGAGCACUACCACCCAUAUACUCACUAUGUCUUCGCCGACGACGACCCGACCAUUAUAACUGCUGCAUCGAUGCGAGGCUUAGGGCUGGAUGAUACAAAGUACCUCCCUCACGAUGCGCCGGGUGGUGGGGAAAAGCGGCGCAACCAGGGAAGCGAAGAAGGAGACGAGCAACACUCACCAGUCGAGUCACCACUUCCCCCGCCUAUACCGGGUGUCAAGGAACACUACCUCAUAAUCGAUGUUGGGGCAGACGGGCGCACAAUCGUAGAUGCGCAGUCACUUUCAUCGGAGUGGCAAAUAACGGAUACGCACGUACGAACAGCUCCCUCGUUCGAUAAGGACUCUCCAGAUCAAGGGUACAUGCUACGAAUACAAGGAGUCGAGAUACCGAGGAAGAGCAAGGCCAAGGCCAGGAGUCAAGCGGGACAGGACAUGCUGACUGUGGCGAGGGAGCAACAAAGCGACAUCUUCGAUGCAUUAGACGGGCUAGUGCAGGGCAUCGAAGGAGGAUUGGAGACAGCUGACAAGAUUUCAGGCGCGAGGUUAAGAGAGGGUGAACAAGGCACGCUGACUGAUGUUCGCGAGGAUGACGUAGGCAAGACGGUGGGUGAUGAAGCAUGA